UAUAGACAAUAGCUAAGCAUCUUAUAUGCUAUCAGAGUCCCAAUAGGCAACAACAUAUUCGCUCCCUUGCUUUAUCAAUCUAACCUUAUCUUCCUCCCCUCCUUCUACUAGUUACUUUGUAUGUAUCCAACCCACAACAAUGACCUCAAUAUCAACAUCCACCCUCCCCACCAUCACCCGCUCCACCUUCAUCAACAGCACUUUCACCGAUCUCACCCCAUCCGAUACCAUCACCCGCAGCCAUCUCCGCGACGUAACUAUCACCUGCUCCGGCAGCAGAACCCCCACCAGCCUUCUCCGCUCCGCCCUAACAUCCUGCAUCGUCAAGCACUCAUCCACUUACCGCUCCAAGCUAAACCACACCACCCUCACUAACGCCAUUGUCUCCCGCACCGAAGCCACGCAUACCUCUUUCGACAUCUAUACUUACUCGCACCGGAGCACCCUUUCCAAUGCGAUUCUCCGCGAUCGCGCCUCUGUCAAGCGCAGCAAGGUGAAAGAUACUAGUUUGUUGGGCGGGAGUUCUCUCUGGCGGAGUAAUGUGUCCAAGUGUAUGAUUGCGGAUGGGUGUCGGGUGCAGCGGCGCAAAUUGGUGGAUUGUGAGGUGAUGUGUUGUGUGCUGGGGAAGAUGCAGAUUCCUGUUAAUGAGAAGAAGUUGGAUAGUAAGGAUGUGAAGUAUUGGUUGGAGGAAGAGAGCUCGGACGAAGAGGGGGCGAGGGAGAUGUCGCCGCCGCCGGCGUAUACGGCGUAGAGGUUGACGUUGGAAGCCCAUAUUGUGGUAAUUCGUUGUAUAUAGUACUGUCCCAUGGGUUCUACUGGUAACUUUUACGCUCUUUGAAGUCUUGCUGGCAUACACUAUUGCAACGGAG